UUAGAAGAUGACGUGACAGGCUAUCACAGCUUCAUCACUGCUGUAAGAUUGGGCUGCCCACCUCCAUGCAAACCUAAACUUAAGAAAGGCAUUCUCCCAACAAAAUUCGGUCAAGAUGAGGCAAAUUUGUCAUCAAGCACUAUUUCACUAACAGCCUCAAGUAUCAAAACUGAAACGUCUCCUUCGAAUUUUCAGGACCCUUCUCCCUACAACGAUGCAUUCCUCUCACCCCUGGCUGACGCAUUAGAUCAUCGCUUAAAUCCGGAGAUUGAGUCACCCUCUUCCCUAAUGAACAUUUCGCCUAUUCAACUUACAUCCAGCAACAAUGUAAUGAGUGGGUUAUCUUUUGAAUCCUGCAACGAGAUUUAUCCUACAAAUGAGGCGACUCCUUCAAGCCAUACAUCAACGGAAACUCACUACUUUACACCUUCAAACACAACUG